ACACAUAAACAUAAAAACAACACAUCUCCUCCCUCUUCCAUUCAAAAACCACUAACUAAAUCACUUUUCAUUUUUCAAGUUUUAAAUUUAAACAAUGGUGGCCAUAUCAAAGCCUCCAGUUGAACUCUUCUUUCUCAAACAAAUCACAAACAACAACCACCACCCUCCGACAAUCCCGAUUAUCGACCUGUCGAAAACUGAAUCCAAACAUCUCCUAGUUAAAGCCUGCCAAGAUUUUGGAUUCUUCAAGGUUGUUAAUCAUGGAGUUCCAUUGAAAUUCAUCAAUAAGUUGGAAUCAGAAGCCAUGAAGUUCUUCUCCUCUCCACUUUCUUUCAAACAAAAAGCAGGGCCACCCGACCCCUUCGGGUAUGGAAACAAACAACUGGGUCAAAAUGGCGAUUUCGGAUGGGUCGAAUAUCUUCUUCUUAAUCUGAAAGCUGAACCUGAUCGCAACAAUCCAACAAUUUCCGUUUGUGAAGAUAACCCACAAGAAUUCCAAUGUGCUGUGAAUGACUAUGUGAUAGCAGUGAAGAAGAUGACAUGUGAGAUUCUUGAACUUUUAGCAGACGAAUUGAAAUUGCAGUCAAGAGAUGCAUUAAGUAAAAUGUUGUUAGACGAACAAAGCGAUUCUGUUUUCAGGGUGAACUACUAUCCCCCAUGCCCAGAGGUUCAAGAACACGAAAUGAAAGGGAAGAAACUAAUCGGGUUUGGAGAACACACAGACCCGCAAAUCAUAUCCGUUUUGAGAUCCAAUAACACUUCUGGUCUUGAAAUUUUACUGAAAGAUGGGAGUUGGAUGCCAGUUUCUCCUGAUUCGAACUCGUUCUUCAUCAAUGUGGGUGAUUCCUUACAGGUAAUGACUAAUGGAAGAUUCAAGAGUGUGAAGCAUAGAGUCGUGGCAAAUAGCUUGAAAAGCAGGUUGUCAAUGAUUUAUUUUGGAGGACCACCAUUGAAUGAGAAGAUAGCACCAUUGCCUUCACUUAUGGAAAAUGAUGAGGCCAGCUUGUACAAAGAGUUUACUUGGUUUGAAUACAAAAAAUCUGCAUUUAAUUCAAGAUUAUCAGAUAACCGACUCGGGUUUUUUGAAAAUAACGAUGUUGUCUCGAGUUGAAAGGACCAGUUUGAAGUUAUCACUCAGAUAUCACAUAAUACCAUUUUACUUGUACCCGUAUAUGGCACACAUGGAAAUACGUUAAUAAUAGCUCACUAAUAUCUAAAAGGGUGUUAGAGAGCAAAGGGUUAUGAUUUUUAUUGUUUUGAACAUAGAUGAAAUGAGGAAAAUUAAGAAAAUAAGAGUUUGUAAGAUUUUUUUUAAUCUCCCACUUGCUAUUUUGUAGAAUUUCCCUCCAUACUUGAUGAGCUAA